AUGACUACCAUUCGAUGCUUGCUAAUAGUGGCAGUGAAGAAGGGUUGGGACAUCUCACAGUUAGAUGUCAACAAUGCAUUUUUGCAUGGUGAUUUACAAGAGGAAGUAUACAUGAAGUUCUCUCCCGGCAUGUCUUCUCCAUCUCCUAACCAUGUUUGCAAAGUAAGAAAAUCCCUAUAUGGGUUGCGGCAAGCCUCUAGGCAAUGGUAUGCCCGGCUCACAACAAUCCUCUACUUUAAAGGCUACUCUCACUCGCUUAAUGACUACUCUCUUUUCUUGAAAUCCUCAGAAGGUCAUAUCUCUAUUAUUGCCGUCUACGUUGACGACAUACUAUUAACAUGGAAUGUUCCUUCUGAGGUAAAUUCGAUCAAGUUUUUCCUUGAUUCUGAAUUCAAAAUUAAGGACUUGGGCAAGGCGCAUCAUAUUCUUGGAAAGGAAAUCAUAAGAGAGCCACAAGGAAUAAUUUUAAGCCAAAGAAAGUUUACCUUGGAUUUGUUGUCUGAGUUUGAUUGUUUAGAUUCCAAGCCUGUUGCCUCUCCUCUUGAUCCAUACACAUCUAAGUAUGGUCUUAUUCUUGUUUCAAGUUCCUCUUUUGACCUACCAGCUUUCUGUGAUUCUGAUUGGGGACGAUGCCCUUACUCUCGACGCUCCAUCAACGGGUAUUUCAUCACUCUAGGAGGAUCUCCAGUUUCAUGGAAGUCAAAGAAACAGUCUUUGGUUCCUUUGUCAUCGGCUGAAGCUGAAUACCGGUCCAUGCACCGUGUGGUGGCUGAAAUCACCUAG